AAUAGUGUGAUUUUCAGUGAAAAGAGAUAACCUUUUAGAUUAAAUUAAUUAAUUAUUUUAUUUUAACAAAAGGGUUUUAGAAUUUAGAGCAAACACUAUUAUUUUUGCAGGUAAAAAAGCUGAAGGCUAUGUUUCUAUUCUAAUGCUUUUGAUGCCAAAAAAAGAAAAGUUAGAAAAUUGAAAGCUUUGAUAUCAUUUAACUCACUUUGUGGGUAGUGAUGUUUCAUCUUUCUGGUCAAAGUUCAUAUCUUUAACUUCUUAUUGCAUUCUGGGUUUUUUUUUCUUUUCUUCAUUUGUUGGAUUACUGAAUAGGUGUUUUUUUUUUGGUUUGAUUUUGUGAUGUGAAAAAUGAAAUCUUUGAGCAGUGUAGGGCUUGGUUUAAGCAUAGUAUUUUGUUGCCUUUUUUUAGCUUUGAUUAUUGAGUUAUAUUACUUGUUAUGGUGGAAGAAGAGAUUAACAAGCACAAGGGAUAUUGAAAAUGAUUACAACAAUCCAGCAAGUGAGCUCUUUUAUAUGUUUUGUUGGAAGAAGACAGCUUUGAAUCCUCAAGAAAUUAGAUUCCAAGAUCAACAACAAGACCAAGAUUUGUUCUUCAAGCCCUUUGAUGAUGGUGUUGAUGAUGAUGAUGAUGAACAUGAUGAGGAUGGUGAUGAUGAUGUGAUAGGUCCAAGAAGGUUAUUAUUCACAAUCAUUGAAGAAACAAAAGAAGAUUUAGAAUCAGAAGAAGGUAAAUCCAAGAAAGGGAGGAGUUUAAGUGAUGUGUUGUUGAAUGUUGAAACACCAUAUUUAACCCCACUUGCUUCACCACCAUUUUUAACACCUCCACUUACACCAUUAGAAGCUUCAUGUUAUAGUCACCAUGGAUUCAACAACCCUUUGUUUGAAUCAACUUCAUUUGCAGAUUUAAAUACUUUAAUGAAGCCACCAUCAUCAUCACCUCCCCCAAAGUUCAAGUUCUUACAAGAAGCUGAAGAGAAACUUCGUAGGAAGAUGACAUUCAUGGGACAAGUUCAUAACAAUGGGGGUGAUGAUGGUCAUCUUUCUCCUACAUUGAAGCAUCUUAAAGAUGAAGAAGAUGGGUCAUUUAUCACUAUCAUUGUUGAUAAGAACAAAGAAAACAGGGUUUGAAAAAUCACAAUCAAAGGUAACUUUUCGUCUUCGUUCUUCUUCUUCUUCGUCUUCACCAGCAAUGGCUAUUUCCAUUUCAAUUAACAAUAUUUUUAGAGUUUUUUUUUUUUUUGUGACCAACCAAAAUUUAAAACUAAAAAUUCCCAAUUUUUUUUAGUUGGAGGGGGAUUAGUGGGGGUUUUUUGUUUUUAUUUCAAUCUCCAUUGUCUCCUUAGCUGUUUGGUACUUUGUAUUCAUUUCUAUAAAUGAAUUCAUUUUACUGAUGUUCUUUA